AUGAUCUCUUCGAUUAAACCGGCUUCAUCUUCCUUCUCCUCCGCCGUAUCCACCGGCGUAAGACGGUCAAUUCCGAAAAAGCUCUGUUUUUCUCCACUACCCAUCAUCAAAAACUGCCAUAACCAAAGCUUCAAGACCUCCAAUGUCUCUCAUCAAAAGCCGCUUCACAUUUCAACUAUCCACAACUUUUCGAACCGUGAGGUUAGAGUUGAAGCUUACGAGGCUGAUCGUUCGCGUCCGCUCGAUAUCAACAUCGAGCUUCCUGAUGAACAAUCGGCUCAGAAGCUGAAAAUAGGAAUCUAUUUCGCGACUUGGUGGGCACUUAACGUUGUCUUCAACAUCUACAACAAGAAAGUUCUCAAUGCUUUUCCUUACCCGUGGCUUACUUCGACGUUGUCUCUUGCUUGUGGUUCUUUGAUGAUGCUUGUCUCUUGGGCUACUAGAGUCGCUGAAGCUCCUAAAACUGAUCUCGAGUUCUGGAAAACUCUGUUCCCAGUUGCAGUAGCACACACAAUCGGACACGUAGCAGCAACAGUGAGUAUGUCAAAAGUAGCAGUCUCCUUCACACACAUCAUCAAAAGUGGUGAACCAGCUUUCAGUGUCUUGGUCUCAAGAUUCUUCUUGGGAGAGACUUUCCCUCUUCCUGUCUAUCUCUCUCUCCUACCAAUCAUUGGAGGUUGCGCUCUCGCGGCAGUUACCGAGCUUAACUUCAACAUCAUCGGAAUGAAAGGGAAUUCAGUGAGCGGAAUGAAUUACUACGCUUGCUUAUCGAUGAUGUCUCUUUUGUUCCUCACUCCAUUCGCUAUCGCUGUUGAAGGUCCUAAAAUGUGGGCGGCUGGUUGGGAAAACGCUGUUUCUCAAAUCGGACCAAACUUUGUGUGGUGGGUAGUGGCACAAAGUGUGUUCUACCAUUUGUAUAAUCAGGUCUCAUACAUGUCAUUAGACCAGAUUUCGCCAUUGACUUUCAGUAUCGGUAAUACGAUGAAGCGAAUUUCCGUCAUUGUGGCUUCGAUUAUCAUCUUUCAUACCCCGAUUCGACCUGUUAAUGCACUCGGUGCCGCUAUUGCCAUUCUUGGAACUUUCCUUUACUCACAGGCUAAGCAGUGA